AAAAUAAAUACAAACACGGCGGCCAAUCACAAUCGACGGGGGGCGUGACUUACAUUCCGCUUUUCUGAAUGUUUACUUCCGUCAAUAUCAAAAGAAAAGCAGAAAAUUAUCACCAUAACAAAGGACUCGCAAUUUCUGGAGCAGGUGGAAGAAGAUGCCGUUCUUGGGCCAAGAUUGGAGAUCACCAGGCUGGAGCUGGAUCAAAACUGAGGAUGGCUGGAAACGCUUUGAGUAUUUCAACCACAAACUGGGAGACAACAUCAAUGAACUUUCCCUGGAAGAAUUGGACAAUGACAAGGAGAAUGUCUUCGUGGGAGAUGUCUGUGAAGUAGCUGCCAAGAAGAGAAAAAAAGACUUAUUCAACAACAACACUAAGUCACAGUUUUUGUUCCAGGAGAGGUGGAUCUACGUUCAGAAGGAGAGUACGCGAGAGAGGCAUGGGUACUGUACGCUUGGUGAGGCUUUCAAUCGUCUAGACUUUUCCAGCGCCAUUCAGGAUGUGAGGCGAUUCGACUAUGUGGUCAAACUUCUGCAGUUGAUUGCCAAAUCCCAGCUGACGUCUUUGAGCGGAGCUGCUCAGAAAAACUAUUUCAAUGUCCUGGAGAAGAUUGUGAGAAAAGUUCUGGAUGACCAUCAGAACCCACGACUGGUCAAGGCAUUGCUGAAUGAUCUAAGCUCCACACUCUGCAUCCUCAUCCGAGAAGUUGGGAAAUCUGUGCUGAUUGGCAACAUCAACAUUUGGGUCUGCCGUUUAGAAACCAUCUUGAACUGGCAACAUCAGAUCAACAACUUACAAAUUCCAAAGCAAGUUUCAAAUGGAAUGACACUGAGUGACCUCCCCUUGCACAUGCAAAGCAACAUCCUGUAUAAGUUUAGUGAUGCCUGUGACAUCAUCAAUCUGGGCAAAGCCACACCAACACUGCACAUGCUCAGUGAGGACCGGCAACUGUGGAAGAAACUCUGCAAGUUUCAUUUUGCUGAGAAACAGUUCUGCAGGCACUUGAUUCUGUCAGAGAAGGGCCAUGUGGACUGGAAGCUGAUGUUUUUCACACUUCAGAAGUACUACCCUCAGAGAGAACAGUACGGAGACACGCUGCAGUUCUGCAAGCACUGUAGCAUCCUCUUCUGGAAUGACAGACACCUGGCUUUGAUCUUUAAGGACUCGGGACAUCCUUGCACAGCGAACGAUCCAGACAGCUGCCUCACCCCCGUCUCUCCUCAGCACUUCAUAGACCUCUUCAAGUUCUGAAAUUCAGAAUGUUCUCAGACAUCUGACCUUCUGAUCACCUCUAAGCAAGACUCUGAACUGAUCAAAUGUUUUCGACCUUUCAACUCUGUGCUCCAAACCAUGUGCUUUCCUUUUUACGUUGCCCAGACAGUCAUCGUUCAAAUAUCCAAAAAUUUAACUAAUAAUUGAAUUUUCUGUUGCCUCACCCAAACUUUAAGGGCUUAUGGAAAGAUGUCAUAAUAUUAAUGUUUAUUUUGUAUUGUCAUCUUUUCUUUUUUUUUUGUUCCUCAUUGCGUUUCAUUCAUUUGUUCUUUAAGCACAGAAAGAUGAACAGCAAAG